AAUUUAUAUUCCUAUAUUACGUAACCAGCACGCAAGGUCACGUUACAAAUGCGUGAAUGUCAAUGAUAGUACUGGUAGGGUGAUAGACAUGCUCUGUUUAAGAUCAUCUUUUUAGUUACCGCAGUUAAUUGCUAAAGAGUGUACUUUGUGUGAAUAGUAGACCUAGCUUCAUUUCAGUUUGAAAAGUCGUAUCUGCAGGUCAAGCAAAAUGACGACAAAACGUUAUAUAUUGUCAUUAUCAAGUGCAGAAUUUAAAAAUUUCAUAGACUCCAUUGAUGUAGUUUUAUCAGACUGUGAUGGCGUCCUAUGGAAGGAAACCCAAGUAAUAAAGAAUUCACCUGAAACUGUAAAUAAGUUUAAAGAAUUAGGUAAAAAGUUUUUUUACAUAACAAAUAGUAAUACUAAAACCAGGUCUGAAUUUGUGGACAAGUGUAAAAAUCUUAAGUAUGAUGCAACAAUAGAUGAAAUAGUAUGUUCUUCAUUUUUGGCUGCUAUGUAUCUUAAGGAAAAAAGAUUUAAUAAAAAAGCAUACGUAGUUGGGAGUGAUGGUAUUACCAAGGAAUUGGAAGCUGAAGGUAUCAAACAUUUUGGUGUCGGACCAGAUGUAAUGGAAGGUGAUGAAGUAGAAAUGAUAGAAAACUUUAAACCAGACCCAGAAGUUGGAGCAGUUAUUGUAGGCUUUGAUAAACACUUUAGUUUUCCUAAGCUUGUGAAAGCUGCCACUUAUUUACGAGAUCCAAAUGUUCAUUUUAUAGGGACAAAUUGUGAUGUAGAAAGACCAUCGCCAAAUACUAAUAAAUUCCCAGGAACUGGAUGCUUCAUAAAGAUUAUAGAAAUGGCAUCCAAUAGAUCAGCAGUGAUGCUUGGAAAACCAGAAUCAUUUUUGAGCGAAUAUAUUAUAAAGAAAUAUGGUUUAAAUCCUCAAAGAACACUUAUGAUUGGUGACAAUUGUAAUACUGACAUUCUUCUUGGGAAACGUUGUGGGUUUAAAACUCUUCUUGUAUUAACGGGUAUUACAACACAAAAUGACGUAGAUGCCAUGAACGCUUCUACUACAAGUUCUAAAGAUUUGAUAAUUCCAGACUAUUAUGCAAAUGAGUUAGGUGAUGUACUAAAAAUGAUUGCAUCAUCUUGAUAAUUUGGUAAUAUAUAAUUAUUUCAUUCUCAUUUAUAUUUUUUGGUCUUUCUAAUUGUUUGGAUUACUAAUAUAAUUAUUUAUUUAUUAUGACAUAUGCAUGAAAUAUUUUUCAAUGUUCCUCCAUAUAUAUAUAUAUAUUUUUUUUUGUCUAAUUAAAGAUGUUUUAUUAUAUAAAAAUUGUUUAGUUACAUGUACAAUACAUAAUUGUUAUUUAGCUAAUAUAGAAAUUUGCAUAUAAAAAUAUACAGUGUUAUAGUGUUAUAUGUAACAUGUUCAAUUUUAGCUAAAAUAGUAUCUUAAAUAAUAUUAAAAAUGAUUAGUGUUCCAAUUCAAAUACAAAAUGACAGUACAAAUAUGUAAAAAUAUGUAAAAUUACUGUAUUAAUUUUGGGUAUUUUUUAUUAAUAUUACCUUUUGAUAAAUGUUCUUCAGAGAAACUGAAAGAAAAGAUUUGCCAAAAAGUUAUAUCUAUAUGAUAGUCUGUGGUUACUGAUAGAAUUAGCAUUUUGUAUUUACUUGUAUGCCUAAAUAUUUUUAUAACGUUUAAAAUAUUGCAUGCCUGGUGCAUACAGCGAGAAUUAGGUAAAAUAUAUGUAUGGAUCUAUGUUUAACUCAGCAAUGAAGUUAUAGUUUACAUAUAUUACAUAUAUAUGUUAAAUUAUAUGUAUGUGUGUAUAUAGUAACAAUAAAUGUUAAAAGCAUA